AUGUUCCUCCAUCUGCUCCAUCAAAUAUCCUCCAACAUCGUCCUCUUCUUCUUUCUAUCGACUCUGUUCAUACUGUCACUCUGCCAUCAUUGGUUUGCCAGUCAUACACAAAAGGCUUCUCCGAUCAUCGACACUCCAGUACAAGGAAACACCAGUGCCACAGUCGCAAGAACAUCGCUGCGACCUGAAUCUAGUGCCAGAUCCAGAUCCAGAUCCAGAUCAUCACGGUCAAGAUCUAGAUCCAGAUCCAGAUCUAGAUCUAACUCAAACUCAAAUUUACUAUCACCCAAUUGCCCUUCGCCCUCCCCCUCACCCUCCCCCUCCCCCUUCAUCCAUCAUGACGUCGUACAAUCUCUUCCAGCAAGUGAUCCAAAUACAGAUAAUCCAUAUGACGAAUUAUUAAACAUGGAAGAUUCCAAACUGGUAGCCUCUUUGGAUUACUAUUACAACCAAUAUGAUAUUCAAAUCACUUCUUUGGAAAUAGAAACUGACGAUGGGUUCAUCCUGGAUUUACUCCAUAUGACUUCCCCUCUUGUAGACUCUACAAACAGGAAACCAAUCUUACUAUUACAUGGUCUAUUACAAAGCGCCGGCGCAUUUGCCUCUUCAGGGAAAAAAUCCUUGGCCUAUUAUUUAUUCAUCUCGGGAUUCGAUGUUUGGUUAGGUAAUAAUAGAUGUGGAUUGCAAAAAAAAUUUAAUAAAUCAAAAGUCCGAAAUUGGAAACAAAGAUGGAAUUGGAAUUUAUACGAUAUGGCAAGACUCGAUCUUAAAGCUUUAAUCUCCCAUAUCCUCAAAACAACCCAAUUCCCCAAGUUGACCCUCAUCGGUCAUUCUCAAGGAACUACUCAAUCCUUCUUGGCAUUGAUCAAUACUCAUCAAAUUUAUAAAGAUGAUAAUACUAAUUUCAAAUUGAUUGAUAAGAUAGAUAAUUUCGUCGCAUUGGCUCCGGCCAUUUAUCCAGGUCCAUUAUUGGACGAGAAAUUCUUCGUUAGAUUCAUGUCCAACGCUGUCGAUUCCCCCUGGUUAUUUGGAGAAUCAUCAUUCAUGCCCCUGAUGAUGUUUAUGAGAAAUUGGAUGGUCGGAACAAAAUUAUUCUCCUUCUUAUCCUACAUCAUGUUCAAUUAUCUUUUCGAUUGGAAUGAUACUCUUUGGGAUCGCAAGUUAAGAAACAGACAUUUUUUAUUUUCCCCAGUUCACAUCUCUAAUGAAUUGAUGAAAUGGUGGUUAUCACCAAACCCAAAGAGAAUUUCAUUCAAAUACGGUUCUUCAAGAAUGUUUCCUGACAAGAAAAUUUGGUUCCCUUUGAAAAACCAUUUGAAAGAUGCAAAUAUAGAAUCUACAAAUACAAUACGUGAUUCUGUACUAGAUUUCCCCAGAAUUCUAAUGUUUAUACCGAAACAAGAUCGACUCGUCGAUGGGAAACGUCUUGUCGACCAUUUCACAAAUUACGAGUCUUCAAAGAUUUACAAGAUUUGGAUCCUAGAUAAUUAUUCCCAUUUAGACGUCCUUUGGGCUCAUGACGUGAUUGAGAAAAUCGGUGUUCCUCUAGUAGAGAAUUUGGCAUGA